GGAGAACGUGCGUGCUGCGUGCGUAUAAAUAGAAAGGGCAAUGGCCUGGAGUUGAGAAUGAAAAUAAGCAGAAGGUGGGUGUUUGGAUUGGAAGUAGGGGAAUUAUGGAAAAUUUACAUGAUUCCAGCAAAAUAGACGAAGAGUACCGGACGCUUCCUCCUCUUUAUUUCAUUUUGACGUUAAUUUGGUUCGUCUCUGUCUGUUCCUGGACUUUCAAUACUUGCAAAAACCGCCAUUUUCAGACGAACAGAUUGCAAUGGACGCUGGCUUCUGUUCCACUUAUCAAAACUCUGCAACUUACCCUAUCUUUCCUCUUCUGGUAUUCAUGCUUUUAUCAUCACGUGUGCUCUCUGUGGAUAUCAUUUGGUGUCUAUGUUACAGGAGUUCUCUUCCAAACAGUAACUUUUGUUUCAUUCCUGCUCAUUUCUUAUGGAUACUGCAUCACGUGCGAGCGUCUUUCAAUACAAGAGCGCCGCAUGACAGCUGCUCUCGGAUCUAUUUUCUACUUGACUCUUGUCGGCUACAGAGCUUCUGUACCCUAUUUCUCUGUACUUCUCACACUUAGCUAUUUCGUUUCAUUUUAUGUAAUAUUCAACCACAUAUCACAGAACUUAGUAGUUCUGCAAGAACAGUUGACCUUUAUAGAAGAUGAGGAAAUCCCUGCAAUGCAUGAAGCAAUCUACACAAAGUACAUAAUGCUCAAAAAAUUUCAAAAUGCAAUGCUUAUGUUGGCAGUGGCAGAACUGGCGAUUCUGAUAAAUGUGGAUAAUUCAAUACAUAACUAUUGGCUCCGAUUGUUGGUACGAGAAUGGGCACAGUUCUCUAUACUCUCUUACAUUGGGUGGACCUUUAGGUCAAAGGACUUGGCACCACGCUUUUCUGUUAUGCCUGUAAUAAAGUCUAUUGGAGAGAGAAUGGUGCCUCCCAUCUAUAGCAUUGAGAUGGAUGCAACUACUUUUAAAGACUUCAGUAGUCAUGGAUGGCACAUAGGGGUGCCAACUUCGUCCAAAAAAGGAAGCUUAAAGAGUUCGGUUUUAGUGGUAGUUCAGCACCCCCAUAUGUGUAGGUUGACACCACUUGACACUCAUUCUCAUAGAGUAGCUUAGCUACUUAUGCUGCAGAUGUAUAUUAUUCAAUUGUUGCCAAUCGGAACAGAAGCACGUUUCCGGAUAUGUGGCACAUCAAUAUCCAUCUACUAUAGGAGCAGUAUUACGACCAGUAUUUUCUGUAAAUCCUUGUACACAUUUCUUCUGAGGAAACCUAAGAAGUUUUCGGCUGUAAACUGUACAUUGUUCCCUGGAUAUUGCCUGCUUCAGGAAUCCAUUUUUGGGGGUAGAAAGCUUUUGCUUUGCUGCAAACACACUGUCCCUCUAGUUUGCAGCUUUGUAGUUCCUUAUUUUCGUUACUGCUAUUAUAGUUCCUAUGAAAAGAAAGGAACAUUGACUGAUUCAAGUGAUGAAUAUUCCUCAAGUGUCUGGACCGUGAAGUGCAGGGCUGUAUUUCCAAUAAUUAGAACAUCAAGCAAGAGUUUGCAAUCCGACCUUGCAAACCUCUAUAUGCAAGACAGCAAGAGCAUUUCUUGUUUUCAUGAUGUGAUUGCAAUGCUAAGGACUACAAUGGAGAAUGAUGUGAUUGCAAUUUCUCUAUUAGACA